AGCGAUGGCUAACCUAUAUGCGACUGCUGUAUUCACCUGUUACAUCAUCUGAAUUUCCGUAUCUCGGCUCUAUCGUCCCUCCGUCCCUAACAUUGUGGUUGCCUAAUGCGUGAAAUCCGAAUCCCGCUUUAUGGUACCAUACCGGUACUGCCCGUGCGCCAUGCCAACGCCUCUUUUUGCAUAAACAAAAUAUUUAAAAAGUGCCUACGCCCCAGGACUACCUAUUCAUCUGCGAUUCAAAACACCAACGACCCUUCCCCCUUCAUCUGUCUCUACCGCAACAAAUUCCAACAUAGUGCUAUCUCUUUCCGUUUCUGUGGUUCCGCCUUUUUCGAUGGCCUCUAAUUCCGCUUACACCAGCCCGACCUCCAAAGAACCUAAAACCGAGGACUCUUUCAACACUCUAGUUGAAGAUGACCCUUCUCAAGGGAAGCAGUACCUCACAGGUGUCAAAUUAGGUGUUCUUCUUGGGAGCUUGACGCUUGUCACAUUUCUUUUGCUGCUGGAUACUUCGAUCAUUGGCACCGCUAUACCUCACAUCACGACCGAAUUUCACGCGCUACCAGACGUGGGCUGUGCAACUCUUCAGCCAAUGUCUGGAAAGUUCUACACGCACUUCAGUACCAAGAUCGUGUACCUUAGCUUCGUCUUCACCUUCGAGAUUGGAUCCCUAGUAUGCGGAGUCGCGAGUUCGUCGAUGAUUUUCAUUGUCGGCAGGGCCAUUGCAGGCCUAGGAGCUUCUGGUUUAACUAAUGAUGCAUUAACGAUAAUAUCAGGAGCGGUACCGCUUGAGAAAAGUCCGAUGUACACAGGAUUCUCGAUGAGUUUGGUCCUCGGACUACUUCCAGAACUGGAUCUCCUCGGCUUCGCACUAUUCGUGCCAUCCGCAGUUAUGCUCCUCCUCGCCCUUCAGUUCGGCAGUGGAAACACAUACCCCUGGAAUAGUGCUACUAUUAUCGGUCUAUUCUGCGGUGCAGGGGGGAGCACUGUCAUUUUCAUCCUCUGGGAAAGGAAAAUGGGCGACAAAGCUAUGAUUCCGGGUGCGAUAUUGCGGCAGCCAGUUGUAUGGUCGAGCUGUAUAUUUGGUAGUUGCAUCAUGUGCUGCACGCUGGUUGCUAGCAAUUGGAUUCCGACAUACUUCCAGGCUGUCAAGGGCGAGGGACCGACCAUGAGCGGCGUCUACAUACUCCCGAGUAUUUUGAGCUCGCUACUGUUUGUUGUGGCUUCUGGGGUGGCGGUAACGCACCUCGGAUACUACCUCCCCUGGGCAUUAUUCAGUGGCGUCGUUACAGCUAUCGGCAAUGGCCUCAUUUCUACCUUUACUGCAUCUACCAGCACGGGACCGCUCAUCGCAGCCCAAAAUGCAGUUCGGCCCUCGCAGGUCCCCAUCGUUCUCGCCAUCCUCAUCUUUUUUCAGAACCUGGGCACCGCUAUUGCCGUUGUGAUCAGCAGUACGAUCUUCGCGCAGACACUGGCUUCCACUGUCCCUCGCUAUGCGCCCUCAGUGUCCCCUAAGGCGGCGCUAGAUGCUGGCUCUGGUGCCAGUGCUGUACGCAAUCUGGUAGUUGGACAUGAGGAAGAGCUGAAGGGCAUACUAAGAUGCUACUCAGAAAGCGUGCGCAACGUAUUCUACUUCUUAGUGGGCCUGGCAGGGUUGGCGGCUGUUGUGAGUGUAGGCAUGGGAUGGAAGGAUGUUAGGGUUACGACAGAGGGGAAUAAGGCAGAGAUUGCCGCAACGGAGGAAUAGAGUGCAGCAGGAAAGGGCAACGUCCAAGGAACAGCGCCGUCGCACGAACCCGGCCUUGAACUAAUGUUACCUUUGUAUUAGCUACAGGGGCUGAUAAUUUUGAUUAGUUCUGAGCAUUCACUCCUUUGGUUUUGUUUUACUGACUAACUGGACUGUGCGAUAACCUUCGCGUGUUGGGUUCUACAACGUAUUUCUCCUUGUUAACUUAGACACAAUAAGGGCCUGUGUCUACCUGUCUAUACAGAUCGUCAAUUCAACCAUUGCUAGUUCUACAGGUUAUCAACGUGUGAAAGGCAUGAUUAUUCUGAGAUGUUGAGUAUCACUCCUAUAGUCAACUUGCGUAGCAGCUGUCCGAUAGUCUCUGUUGUCCUUUAC